AUGGAGAACACCGAGAGCGUUAAGCAAGAAGCAACACCUCUUCCUCUAGGGAUCUUUGAGAUACCAGGAGAGCCUGCGGUUGUAAUCAAUGGUGUGCCUGACGAACCUGAAACAGAUUGUAUGGUUACAAAAGACGAACCACUAUCAUCAAGUGCCACCGUAGGAAGCGGCGAGUGGCUUGAAGGUAGACAAGUUCGGAAAUUCUUCUUGGGUCAGUACUAUUCUGGUACGGUGACGAAGUUCGACAAAGAAUCUGGUUGGUACAUGGUUGAAUAUGAAGAUGGUGAUUCUGAAGAACUUGACUGGUCUGAGCUUGAAGAGGUGCUUUUACCUUUGGAUGUUACUGUCCCACUGAGGUCAGUCUCUUUGUGGAUCAUCAAGAACCGACAAAGACGGCUCCAGACUUAUUGA